AGGCCAGUACUUCUUCGGUCAGUUCUCGUGGUGUUCUGAUGACUGGCCAUUAUUGAAGAUUGUUGUAUUAAACCUGGCUACAGUACCCACUAUAGUACGACUAAGCGAUGCCUUCAACAAAGAAAGGCAAGCCUCAAGGUGGAACUUUUGAACAAGAGAAUGUUUUACAAGCUGUUGUUGUAGCAGACAGAUUCGAUGAAAAAUUUCAACCUCUUUCUGAUGACAUUCCUUUGGCAUUGUUCCCCUUAGCAAACAAACCAUUGUUGGAUUACACGCUAGAUUUUCUGUCAUCAAAUGGAGUUCAACAGAUCUAUGUUUACUGCUGUCAUUGCUCUGGUCUGAUAAAGGAUUAUAUUGCAAACAGCAAAUGGGGAGCCAAAUCCUCUCAAUGCCGAGUCACUCCUAUUGUGUCAUCAGAUUUUACAUCAUUGGGUGAUGUAUUGAGAGACAUCGAUCAAAAAUCGUUGUUUGAAACAGAUUUUCUUCUUGUAGCAGGAGAUCUGAUAUCGAAUAUGUCUCUUCAGCAAGCUUUAACAGAACAUAGGGAUAGAAGGACGAAAGAUAAAAAUAAGCCGUUGAUGACACUAAUUUUGCGUAGUUGUCCUCCCACUCAUGAGAUGAGAUCAGCAGAUGAUGACAUCGUUGUUGCUCUCGAUUCUCAUACUCAACAAGUUCUUUAUUAUCAAAAAAUCGGUUUAACAAGGAAACCUAAAUUUGAGUUCCCAUUGAAAACCCUACUGCAGAAUACUUGUUCCAAUUUUGAAUUUCGGUAUGAUUUAUCAGAUGCCGGUGUUGCUGUCUGUUCCCCCCAAGUUCCUCAAUUAUUUACAGAUAAUUUUGAUUACCAAACUAAAGAAGAUUUCAUCAAAGGAAUUUUGAUAAAUGAAGAGUUUUUAGGAAAUCAAAUCCACAUUCACACAAUUAAAAGAGAUUUUGCAGCGAGAAUUUCUACCCUUCACAUGUAUGAUACGAUAAGCAAGGCAGUUACUUCAAGAUGGAUUUACCCUUAUGUUCCUGAUAACGAUUUCGAAUCUGGAGAAAAUUCAGUUUCUGGAAAAAACAAGAAAGAUACCACUUUGGCCUCCUCUCCAAAACUGUAUCACCAUCUGCGACGAAAUGUAUAUAUUGGGAGUAUAAAAUCUUUGGGGAAAGAUAGCUCAAUUGAGGAUAAUUGUGUGAUCGGACAUGAUACUAUUAUAGGAAAUAACUGCCGAAUAAGAAACUCUGUGGUUGGAAAUGGUUGUGUUAUUGGUGAUGAUGUUUCUAUUAAAGAUUCCUAUCUUUGGUCUGGUGUUACGGUGAAAGACAAAUGUACAAUAGACAAGAGCAUUCUGUCAAAUAAUUCAAUCAUUCAUGAAAAUACUAAAAUACCUUCUGGAUGUGUAUUAGCAACACAGGUUGAAAUUGGUCCGAAUAUAACGUUGAAGGACGACACUGUGAUUCAUAUUGAAAUUGAUGAUGAAACUUUUGCAGAAGGAGAAAAUAUGCAAAAGAAGGAUACUAAUCCAUCUUUGGUUGGUGAAAGAGGUCGAGGAAUAUUAUGGAGUAGAGUUGAGGAUAUAGAUAGUGAUAUGGAAGAUGAAGAUGUUGGAAUGGAAAUCAUUCGUGAAGGAAUCUGGGGAAUGUCUCUCACUGAGAGAGAUAAAAUGUUCCCAACAUAUAGUGACGCGGAAUCAUCAGAAGAUGACGAUAUUUCAACAGAUGGAAGUGACAUGGAGGAUUAUGAGAAUGAGGAAAAUUCAAUAACAUUAUUUUUCAAAGAAGUCAAAGACAGUUUAUCGCGAGGAAUAGAAGAAAGUAUCAAGUGCGAUAAUUUAAUUUUGGAAAUUAACUCAUCAAAAUAUGCUUACAAUGUCACGAUACAGGACGUUAUUCGAAAUGUUACUAAAGCCACAUUUGAGAUUUCUUAUUUGAGAUGCAAUGAUGCACCAUUCUUUCCAGCUUUGAAAAAGGUUCUGUUAUAUAUGUCUCCAGUUUUCAUGAAUUAUAAUAAAACAAGUCAGUCACAGAUGGAAUGUAUUAAUGAAAUUGAACAAUAUUGCUUAUGCAACAAACAUGCUUAUGAUUGUCUUAUCAAGAUUUUGAUGUUAUUAUAUGAGAAUGACAUCUUAGCAGAAGAAGUAAUUCUAUCAUGGCAUAAAAAUCCUUCCACAGUGCAAACUUCAGAAGUUUCUGAUGUAACUCCCAACCAAUUACGAAAAUCAGUUACCAAAUUUAUUGAUUGGCUACAAGAGGCAGAAGAAGAGUCAUCUAGCGAAGAUGACAGCUCAUGACAAAACUCAAAAAAUUGUGGCUGCUUGGUAAAACCAGAUGUGGAAACUGGUAGAGGUUUUGGGUGAAAUUUUUGUUUACUGCUUGUAUGCUGUGAUAUUUAUCAUCUAUAAUGCUUGUGUUAACCAUAGCCUAAUCGGAGGUAACUCUGUGGUUUGUUUGUCGGAUUUCCUUGGGCAAGAAACGGAAGAAUAAUGUUUUGUUUUGACGAAAUAUAAGAUGAUGGACGGAAUA